AGUCUAAAAUAAGUAUAGUCUAACAUCAAGUAUAGUCUAACAUCAAGUAUAGUUUAACAUCAAGUAUAGUUUAACAUCAAGUAUAGUUUAACAUCAAGUAUAGUUUACACAUCACAUAUAACAUCAAGUAUAGUGUAUUAUCUAGUUGUCGCGAAAGCGAAUAGACAGAUAAUCGUAAGUAUCGAUUAUAGAGUACAUCUCUAAAGAAUUGUUACAUCACUACCGACGCGGGACGUUUGACGUCUAUGUUUUUGGCGGGCUCGGCAGAGAGAAAAAAGUGUGAAAAAAGUUAGAAGUGUUAGAAGAUCUUAGUAAGUUUAGUUUUGAAAUAGGCCAGCAGUUUGAUCAGAAUUUUGGUUGUUCAUAAGAAACAGGAUGGAUUGAGUGUCUGUUUUUGGGUUAUACUGUAUUAAAAAAAAAAAAAAAAUGGAAGUGGUCAUCCAAACUCGGGUAAAACUGCUUUAUGAGGCCGUUCAAACCCAUAUAAAGACAGCUCGAGAUAUGCUUUUAGACUUUGUUAAAAGUGAAGAGAAUGUAAGAAAGUUGGAAGUUAUUAGUGCUAAAUUAAAAAGUAGCAAUGAUAAUUUUGUUGCGGAAAUGCAGAAUUAUUAUAAGGUACUGACCGCUGCACCCGACAUAGAUGAAAUCAACCAGUUUUCUGUAGUGCAGAUUCAAGCGGAGGAGCUGAUAACAGAAAUAUGUGUAACUCUUAAACAAAAUGAAAGAAAACCAAGUUCCACCACAAGCGACAAAGUUAUGGAUGUUACGGCUAAAUUACCAAGGAUGGAAUUAGCCAAGUUUAAUGGCAAUAUCUUAAAAUGGUAUGAAUUUUGGGACCAGUUUGCUUCAAAUGUGGAUAGCAGAAAUAUUUCUGACGUUGACAAAUUACUCUACCUGCAUUCAGUCCUCGAAGGAGAAGCCAAACAGGCCAUUAUUGGAUUAGACACCACGAGCAAAAAUUACAGCGUUGCUGUAACCACAUUAAAAGAGAGGUAUGGCAAAGCAAGUGCAAUAAUUGAUGCCCAUUAUGUUGCACUCUAUAGAAUUAAAUCAGCUCCUACGAAUAACAUAAAAGAUAGUAGAUGUGUUUUAAACGAAAUUGAGAGACACCUUCGAGUAUUGAGUUCUUUGGGUGAAGACGUGAAUCAUAAUCAUCUAAGAGUCAUGAUAAUGGAAAAAUUUCCUGAAGACCUUAUUUAUGAAGUACGGAUGAAAAUGCGCGGAGAAGAUGACUCUAUUGAUAGUAUAAGAAAAAAUUUAGAAUAUAUUAUAUCAGCCCGGGAAACAUCAAGCAGAUUCAAGAGAGAAGGGACUGAUAUAAAGAACAUGGAACGGUCUGUUAUCGAAGAUAAAUCGGACCAGGAAAAUUUUACAUUACGUUCUCUACAUGCUAGAUCUGAAGUAGUUAGUGGCAAUACUGGUAAUAGACAAAACAAAUUUACUACUUGGAGAAAAGACAGAUCAAAAUUUGAUAAUCGUCAGUUAAACAAAUUUAAACGACCCUCUCGAAAAAGGCCAUAUGAAAACUCUGACAGGACUAACGAACCACCUAAAAAGAAAACUAUCAAAUGUAUAUUUUGUGGACAGGUGCAUUUUAAUGAUGAAUGCACAACAUAUAUAUCAAUACAAGAUAGAAAGUCUCAGUUAGGUACACGCUGUUUUAUUUGUUUUGGGGACAAACAUAAAGCUGAUAGUUGCCGUUUUAAACAAAAGUGUAGACAUUGCGGUAGAUUCGGCGCCCACAACCGUGCACUGUGCCCCACGAAAUUUAAAGGACAAAGUAAAACGCAUCAUACAGAUAAUUUACAUAUUAACACUGAGAUAGCUGAUCUCAGUGUUAAUACUACUACGGUGUUACAGACUUGUUUAGUAAAAGUAAGCUCAAAUACUGAUUCAACACAGUUACCAGGUAGGAUACUACUUGACUGCGGUAGCCAACGCUCUUAUAUAAUUGAAUCUUUUGCAAAUUCUUUAAAGUUACCUAUAAUGGAAACUACAUAUUUAUCAAUAUUUACUUUUGGCGCGAAAUCACCACAUCAUAUCGAAAGUCCUAUAGUAAAUUUCAAUAUCACCACACGAACUGGUAUUAAACGACUAAUAUAUGCGAAUGUAGUACCCCACAUUACACGUGACAUAAAAACGCCAAAAUUUGAUAAGUCAGUUGAUGUACGGAAUGAUAUUAGAUUAAAAAACCUAACGUUGGCAGAUGAUGGGUCACGUGGUGAUGAAAUAGAUAUUCUGUUGGGUAACGAUUAUUAUCACUUUUUAAUGUUACAAGAUAAAAUAUCAGUUGCUCAAAACCUAUUUUUAGUAAAUUCAGAUUUUGGAUGGGUAUGGUCAGGAAGAUUCAAUAAGAUGCCUGACAAGUCAGAUCAGUUAACUGUACUUACUUAUUUUCAAUCAAAUGGUAAUUUUGAUAACAAGUUAAACGUACCAGACCUUCCAUUAAAGUAUGAUGAUGUCAAAAAACUGUGGGAUCUUGAAUCAAUAGGCAUAAUAGACUCACCUAAAUCGACUCGUGAUGAAGAGGCCAUAAAUCAAUUUAAUGAAACCAUUCAGUUUAAAGGUGGUAGAUAUUAUGUUCAAUGGCCUUGGACAGUGUUUCCACCAAAUCUUCAUGAUAAUUUAGGUUUAGCUUUUGGCCGUCUCAACAGUUUGUUAAAACGUUUAGAUGCUACCACAAUCAAAGCAUAUGAUCAGGUUAUUAAUGAACAAAUACAAAGUGGGGUUGUUGAAAUUGUACCAGACCCAAAAGCUACACAAAGCCACCCAGUCCAUUACCUUCCCCACCAUUGUGUCUCCCACAGAGACAAACCCGGUAAGCUACGAAUAGUUUACGAUGCCUCAGCCAAAAUUAAAGAGAACCAUAGUCUCAAUGAAUGUCUAUACCGUGGACCGUUAAUGUUGGAAGAUCUUACAGGGUUAUUAAUUAAGUUUAGACAACAUCGAAUAGGAAUUGUAGCCAAUGUGGAAAAGGCUUUUCUUCAAUUAGGGCUGCAAGAACCAGAUAGAGACGUCACGAGAUUUCUGUGGCUGAAAAAUAUUAACCAUAGAUCUCCUGAUAAUAUUUUACAUUUACGGUUUUGUCGCGUACCAUUCGGAGUAAUAGCUAGUCCAUUCUUGCUGAAUGCUACGAUUCGAUUCCACCUAAUUAAAUUAAAAAACGAAGUGGCAAAACAAUUAGCAGAAGAUAUAUAUGUAGACAAUAUAGUAACAUGUGCACAAACUGUACAAGAGGCAUGUGAUAUAUAUACGAUAGCCAAACAAUCAUUUGAACAGCUUUCAAUGAAUUUACGUGAUUGGAAUUCCAAUUCUAAAGAACUGUUGUCCCAUAUACCUAAUGAAUUUGUAGUAAGUGAUCAAGACAGACAUGUUAAAGUAUUAGGGUUGAUUUGGGACAUCGAUAACGAUAGUCUUCAUAUUAAACCUCAACGAGAUAAUAGUGUAACAUACAAUGUAAAAACAAAACGUGACGUUUUAAAGGUUAUAGGUUCGAUUUAUGAUCCUUGCGGUUUUGCAGUACCUGUGAUGCUAUCCGCAAAACUAUUUUUUCAAAAGUUAUGGAAACUAAAGAGUAAAUGGGACGAGAAAUUACCGGACGAGUUAUUAGGCGAAUGGGGAGAGAUAACAGAAAAGUUUAAAUACAUAGACAAUAUAAAAAUUAGUCGUUAUUUCGCGCGAGAUUUGGACAUAGAAAUGCUGAGUAAUAACAUUCAAUAUCAAUUACAUUGUUUUACGGAUGCAUCCUUAACAUCUUAUGCGGCAGUCAUUUACCUACGUAGCUCCGCAAAUAAUAAUAAUAGUGUUAAUUUUGUUAUUGGCAAGUGUAGACUAGUACCUCUAAAGAACAAAGAUAAUUUACAAAUUCCUAGAUUAGAAUUACUAGGCGUACUUAUAGGACACAGAUUAAUUAAUUACGUGUCAAAAAUAUUACGGCUUCAAAUUAAAGCACAAUAUUUAUGGACUGAUAGCCAAAUUGUUUUGAGCUGGUACAAAUCAGAGAAACUACUCCCACCAUUUGUUUCACGUAGAAUUGCUGAGAUAAAACAAAAUAGAUCCCUAGAAAUCCGGUAUGUUCCAACAAAACUUAACCCAGCAGAUGUAGGUACUAGGGUAGAGAGGGUAGAGUCCUAUCAGGAAUGGCUUAAAGGUCCUUUAUUUUUGAUGGAAGACUCAAAACAGUGGCCAACACAUAUCAGUCACGAGAUAGUUCAGAUGCAAACCUUUUUGGCCGGGGAGGGUCGUAAGAGUCCAACGUCUACGAAUAACUCCGAUGAAACAGAACGAACACUUGAAACGAUUCAACACUCUGAUAGUCAGACAGAAGAUAUAUUAAAAUUACAAGCGGAAUAUUUUCCAAAAGAAGUAGGAGGAUCUACAACAGACUUAUCUAGAGUACUACAAUUAUAUAAGGACCAAAAUGGAAUACUAAGAUGCAAAGGUAGAUUCAGAUACACUAAUUUAACGCAUGAUCAAAAAGAGCCAAUCUUGCUUCCUAAGAAUGCAGAAUUUACACAUAAUAUUAUUACUGAGUUGCAUCAAAAGAAUUACCAUGUGGGUGUUUCGCAUACAUUGGCCUUACUAAGGGAACACUUCUGGGUUCCACAUGGACGAUCAACAGUUCAAAAAGUGAUUAGAAAAUGUCAACAAUGUGUUAAAUACGGAGGAGGUCCAUUCAAACUACCAGCAAUGCCUGACUUACCAGCUGAAAGAGUAAAACUGGGCUAACCUUUUCUCUUUACGGGUUUAGAUUACUUUGGCCCUCUUUAUGUCAAUGAAAUGACUCUGGAAAAGAGAUGGGUAUGUCUAUUUACAUGCUUGACAAUUAGAGCUAUUCAUAUGGAAGUUGUGACAGAUUUAACAGCUCAGGAAUGUUUGUUGGCAAUCAGGAGAUUCGUAGCGGUCAGAGGUUUACCUCAAUUGAUUCUAUCUGAUAAUGCUACACAAUUCAAACUUACGGCCGACGUUUUAACAUCUGAUUAUUGCAUACAAAAUAAUGUGCGUUGGAAGUUCAUCCCAGAAUUAGCGCCAUGGUUCGGCGGCUUCUACGAAAGACUUAUAGGAUUAGUGAAACACAGUAUGAAAAGAACAUUAGAUAAGCAUACUAUAAACCACAAUCAGUUAUGCACUGUGAUUAAAGAACUUGAGGCAGUUAUUAAUACCAGACCAUUAACGACAGUAGGGACUGAGCUAGAACAUGUAUUAACACCAACAGAUUUUUUACGCAUAGGCGGGCCAGUUGUAGCUCAGAUCUCGAAUCGAGAUUUUUUAGAAUCAGCUACAGCAACUAAGUCGAAUUUGAUUGAAGGUUGGAAACGCGGUCAGACUAUUCUUUUAGAAUUCACAAAGAUGUUCAAUAACCAAUAUUUAACCAGUCUGCGAGAGCGACAUGACAGACAUCGGCAGCCAAGGACUGUAGUCGCUAGAGCACCUAGAUUAUCAGAAAUAGUACAAAUAAAAUCAGACAGUAGUAGAGCACACUGGAAAGUCGGCAGGAUUGUAGAGUUAAUUAAAGGUUCAGAUGGAGAGAUUAGGGUAGCUAAAGUAAAACUACCCAAUGGAGAUACUUUGACACGUUCCAUAGGCCAUCUUUUUCCAUUGGAGUUGGAUGAUCACGAUAAUACAGUAACCCUGAAGGAUCCAACACUAACAGAAGAUCAAACUACGGAAAACAACCAAACUUCGGAGCAAGAAGAAAUAGCAACAGACGCAAAUAAGCGACCUUCGCGUGCAUCAGCAGUAAAAGCCAGAGAGAAAGUCAAGGAGUGGACUGCACAGCUAAUGAUUAACUUGUUUGAGCAGUGAAGGAAUUCUAGUUCUUAGAUAGUGACAGAAAGUAAUUUAGUGAUUGUACUACUUGUAAUAAAUAGUCAAUUAGUAAAGUCAAAGUUUUAUUUCCUUCUGCUGGUGGCAGUGUCGCGAAAGCGAAUAGACAGAUAAUCGUAAGUAUCGAUUAUAGAGUACAUCUCUAAAGAAUUGUUACAUCACUACCGACGCGGGACGUUUGACGUCUAUGUUUUUGGCGGGCUCGGCAGAGAGAAAAAAGUGUGAAAAAAGUUAGAAGUGUUAGAAGAUCUUAGUAAGUUUAGUUUUGAAAUAGGCCAGCAGUUUGGUAAGUGAAAUUGUUAUCAUGUUGUCUAGAUGUAACCAAACAAAUGUUGGUGCAAAUGAGUUAAUAGCACAAUGACUGUUUGCGGACAGUGUAUUAGUACUCAACAAAAGAAUUAGUAAGAGACUUUGCGAGGCUUGGGGUGGCUAUAGGGGCGGUUGGAGGCCACUUGGGGUGAAACCCCAAAAUCAGUUAUUAGAUAGCCAACUCUAUUGUACUGGGAGUGAUGGCUCAGAGAUUAGGUAGCUAAUUAGACCCACUAACAGGCAAGAGUAGUGGAGGACCAGUGUUCAUGUAAUUAGACCCACUAACAGGCUAGAGUAGUGGGGAAGCAGUAAUAUUAGAAAGGUAGCAUGGUUAAUGCUACAGCGAACACUGGUCAAUCAGUAAAUUAGAUACCCACUAACAGGCUAGAGUAGUGGGAGCCAGUACUAUUAGUAGGCAUCAUGUUUGGUGCUACAGCGAACACUGGUCAAUCAGUAAAUUAGAUACCCACUAACAGGCUAGAGUAGUGGGAGCCAGUACUAUUAGUAGGCAUCAUGUUUGGUGCUACAGCGAACACUAGUCAAUCAGUAAAUUAGAGAUCCACUAACAGGCGAGAGUAGUGGAGAACAAAUGAUCAGUUACUUAGACCCACUAACAGGCUAGAGUAGUGGGGGCCAGUACUAUUAGUAGGCAUCAUGUUUGGUGUUACAGUACACUGGUCAAUCAGUGAAUUAGAUCCGCUAUCAGUGUGAAUGGUGGAUAGUUAGUAACUAAAAUAUAGAAGGUAGGUGUGUAUAGUAUAGUAAACAAUAGUAAUGUUUUGGACACACUAUGAUCAUUGGCCCAGCAAUUUAGACAAUGAUAUUGUAGUAUUUACAGAGUUACAUCUUUACUUAGUUGCAAUGACUUAUUUAGAGAAUACUUAUAAUUGUUAUGCAGUAUGAAUUAACUUAGAAUAAUCGUCCAGUACCUCUGGUUAGAUGUACUUGG